AUAUAGGCAUAUUUUUAUCCCCUAAAAAUUUUUGAUCUGUUCGGAUUUCCUAGCUGAAAGUCUAGUGAUUCGAAAAUUAUGGGAAUCAGAACUUACCUUUUCGAAAAUUUUAGCCAGAAAAGAGGCUUCCGAAAAUUGUGGAUGACCUUUUUAGCGUAAAAAUCCGUUAAAAAUGGGCAGUUAUACCAUUUUUUAGAUGUUCGAAAAUCCUAGGAGAGGCAGGCAAGCAAGAAAUUUUGCAAAAAAUGUUCCGAAAAUUCUAGAUCUGAAAUCGUCUUCCAAACAGAUGUUUUCCGAAAAUUGUCGUUGGGUGCCCCUGUUAAAUUUUAGAGCUUUUGACAGUUGACAGUUAUAAAGUGGAAAAUUAGUCCAAGAGUUUCAGUAAAUGUUUCCUUCUGAAUAAGUUGAAAUUAACUGUUGUGUUUUGGAGGUUGUCUUGGUCUUUAUACACCGAUAGAAUUUAGAACAUUUUUAGAUAUAAGCAAGUUCUGAGGUCUUGCAUUGACUAGAAAGAGUGUUCUUGAGAAUAAAGGAACUGUUUUUUUAGUUUGAAGAUUCUUCAGGAGCCAGAGGUCCGUGAAGAUCAGCUGAAAUAGAGAGAUUUGAAAUACCUUGAAACUUUUUGACGACGGUAAAAGAUAACCUUUUUUGACGGUUGAUGAUUACAUUUUAGGCCCUUUGACGACUGACGGUUAACCCUAAGACCCUCCUUUAAUAUAAAAACAUUACGAUCAGGGCCUUUAAUGUUGUUACUGGCAAGCGAUUGCGUUUAUAUGGUCUGCAGUACCAAAGGAUUUCAUGAACUUACUGCUCCUUCGAGCAAGAUUUUUUUUCUAUCAAAUUAAAUAUAUACUACUGUAUCUAUACGCAUAUACAUUCUCUCUAGGCAUACAAACAGCGCAUGUACGGCAAGCGAUAUGUAUGGAUUAUUAUAGGCUGGUACGAGGAUAAGUGGUGGGAGACCAAGCUAAAUGAAGAUCACAUCACGUGCACUACACGUGAGAUGGGUGAAGCGGUGGAAGGAUAUUUGGCUACAGAUCACAUGAAACUCAACGAGGACGAUGCCACUUCAAAGCACAAAACAGUAUCUGGAUGGGUGAGAAAUCUUGUUCUGUUAGACUAGUUAAUGGAAAAGUGAUUUUAAGAAAUUCAAAGCCUCACGUUUUAUUCCUGAUAUCACCAAUUACCUUUUCACUUGAGCAUAUUGUGAAACAUGACGGUUGGCCAGUUGGGGGGAGGGGGGUGGGGAAGGGGGCACUGAAGGGAAGCUUGAAUGGUAGUGUGCCACCAAGACACUCAAACUCUGACCUCGAUUAAGAUAAGAGACUUCAGUUUUGAGUCCGAAAUAUAAGAUGCGUUUAACUUCAUGGCUUACCUAAUUCCUGCAUAUUUUUGUACAUUGUUUACUCUUUCUAGACAGCCCAGGAGUACGCUAUCAAGUUCAAGAAUCUGACCGGAAUCAUUGCUCGGCACGAGUCCUCUUUCGCAUAUGACGCAGCCUGGGCCAUAGCCUUGGUGCUGAAUGCUUCUGCACAGCGGCUCGCAGGUAGAUUUCGAAACAAGGUGGUAUACUGAUUGGUCGAGAGCUUUGGUCGGUAAGAGUGCACUGUGACCGUAUUUCGCGCGCGAUUUUCAGCAGAAAUGGACGUCAAAAACUGUCAAUGUUUUUGUACAAAAACAAAUAGACAACUUUCAAUGGUCUAUACUCUUAUGUUCAAAACAUUGCGAGUAAAGAACAUUUUAGCGUCAUUUCUAUAGUCGAUUUACAGUGCGACUACUGUAGUAGUUGGCUGUGGGCCAAUCGGCAGCUCGUAAAAACAUUGUGAGAGAAUGUGGGAGAGAAAAUGUGGGCUAGUUCUAUCUCUAACCUAGUUUCUAAUAACGUUUACUGGUUUCAAUUCAAGAGAGAGGGAAAGCCUUGGAGAAUUUUACUUACGCAGACGAAGAAAUGGCGGAUUUAUUUGAAGAAAUAUUCCACAACACCAGCUUCCUGGGAGUCACGGUAAUUUUAUGAUUGAAGAGUCAAGAGGAUGGGAGGAUGGUGAUUAGAAUCGCAAAUCGAUAGGAUAUUAUCUGCUGCGUAGUUUCUAGUUUUGCCAUUUAAAGAGCCCUCGUAGGACGCAAAAUCAAAGUCAGAACGAUAGAUCUCAAUAUUACCAUUUCCCCUGGAAAAGGGGCUUAACUUUCUGUAAUAACAAUUCUUAUCUUUUCCUCCACAAAUAGUUUAUGUAGUAAUGAUGUUAAUAGUUAAAUGAACAUUGUCAAAAGAUUCACUGAAGAUUGUCCGCCAUUAGAGGCAGUUUUGUUAAUUAUCCCGCUCCAAACGUUACUUAACUGCUAUGGUCACGGUGGUUUAUAAGUUGUAGGUUUUGGUAAUUUGUCUUUGUGACACAACAUAAACCCAUCUGUUUUUGUUAAUUCUAGGGCCCGGUUUCCUUUACAAAGUAUGGCGAGCGAGUUGGAUACAUUCAAUUUGAGCAACUGCAAGGUAAGACAUUUUGGGAUAAGAAACUGUUGGACUCAAGCCCAUCAUUCAGACAUAAUAACAGAUUCACUCUAUCUAUCACCGAGUAGAAGCAGUUGUUCCUCGAGUUCUAAAGUAGAAGCCCGAUUCAUCAAGGUGUUCAUCAAGUUGUCCGAAGUAGUAAUCUAGAGAUUUUUUCUGAGGGGGGAGGGAGUGGGUUGGGGGACAAAGUUUCACCCUUCCUUGCCCAUUCUAUGUUUCUAGUGAACGGCAUGAUAAAGGAAUUUGAAUAAUAUAACGAUUUAAGCUGGUUUGCUUUUCGCCAAUAGAAAUGCAACUUACAUUUUUGGGGUUUUCGUCCCCUCCCUUACAGCGUCUCCCUUCCCCCGCCCUGCGAGUCUGCACGGACGGACAGACGGCCCUACGCUGACGUCAUGACAAAAUUUUAUCUCACAUCCAUGGGUUUCCUAAUUCUCUAGCAGUGGAAGUUCUGCUAUGAAUGUGUUUCAGUAUAAAGAGGCUGUUAUUUUCAGGUUUCAUUCAUGAAUUACAAGAUAAAUGUUUUAUGCCAUCGUGUCAUAAAUCCAUGGUAGUCUUUUCAGUUUCAAUUGUUACUAUUGUUUCUAUUGUAGAAACAAAUUACCAAGUGAACAAUACAGUGUAUAUCUAUGAUUUUAAGACUUCAUCAAGAGGAUCUGGAUUUUGGGAUACCCCCCUCCAACAACCCCACUGGAUCUUCAGUUAAUUCCUAAGCUGAUAUAUCGCUCCCUGCAUGCAAAGAAAUCCAAGGACAACCUAGAUUCUGGAUUCCACGCCAUGGAUUCCGAAUUUUAGAAACUGGAUUUCGAAUUCUUUGUCAGUUGAACUUGGAUUCUGGAUUCCACCUUAGUGGGAUUCCAGACUCUUGAAUUUUAUUCCAGAAUCCGGAUUCCACAAGCAAAAAAUUCCCUGAUUCCGGGAUUCGGAACCCGUUACAUGAGGCAAGAGAGAUGUCUUAAAGAAAACUGUUUCUGAACAGAAUCCUUUGUUAUAAAAUAUUCUAGAUUCGCGCAAUUCGUAAACGGCUUAUCCGGCCUUCUUUGUCAGGUGGUGAAAGUAAGCGAGUUGGUGUGUACGAUGUUACAACCGAUUCUAUCAUGAUGAACAGGAAAGAGCCAAUCAAAUGGCAAGGUUGGUUUUGUGUGACACGUGUUGACCAAUUCAAUGAGAAGCUUAUUAUUAUUAUUAUUAUUAUUAUUAUUGUUAUUAUUCACGUAUCUGAUUGCACAUUAGUGAAUAAUUUGUUAGGUACCCUAAUUUCAUGGGACCGUUUGCUUGCUGACGUCUUGUUACUACUAUGACCAGGAUCCUUCAGGGUUUUGCUUUCUUGCGCAAUUAAGGGCUCUUGUUAUCGAAACCUCACUCAGGGCUACCAAAUUUAAAUAUGAAAAGAAACACUAAAAGAAUUCUGGUGGUAGUACUAAAAUGACGCCAUCGUGCAAAUGGCUCAUUAACUAUAUGGUCCCUUUGUAGUCAGACCGGAUCGGAUGAACCCCUGUAACCCUAACCUUUUGAUAUAUGGUCUUAUCCCGAGUUUGUAGCCGGCGCCUGCUUUAAUAGGGACCUUACGAUCCGACAACGGCGACGUCCAUGAAAACGUCGCUGAAAAUAGACUUCGCAUCCUUUCACUUUUUUCGCGAUUAUUCCAAGGUGCCCAGUUGCUUAAAAGAAGGAAAUUUAGGUUGGAGCUGAAGAGAAGGGACCAAGCCCGAAUUCUUACAUAGAUGGUAGAAUUUUCGGUGUUUGUAAAGACCCGUUUAUUUUGUAGACAUAUUUAAGAGUCUUUUUUGUCAUGGAAGUGGAACCUUCGUUACCUAUAUGUAAAAAUCCGAAAUCUGAAAUGUUACAAAAGAAAAUUAAAUUUCAGUAAAACGUCAAAAUACUCUGUAUUUGGUCUGUACGGUUUGCUGACUGGUUUGGGGAAAUUUUACCAUGCGUGAUGGAUGUAAAAAUGAACCGGUGUGGAAAACUCCCUGACACAUACACAUCAAAGUUUUUCCGGACUGUUUGCCACUGGAACUGAAGCCGAAAUGCGUCGCGUACAGCCUCGUUCCCAGUCGUCCUCGGCGAUUUCGGAUGUGACGUCAACCGUCAAGCUUGUCGGGAAAGUUCGCCGAGCUAUCGCACUCGGUUCCAAGCCUCCUCCGGUCAUUCGGAUAGCGCGAAGUGGCCUGGGUACGAGGCUGCGUCGCGUAAUUGUUUCUGCGAUCGUUACUGGGGUCGCGCCGGUCAGCUAUUGGCCAAUUUUCCCCCUGUGUCCAUAGUAACAGCCCCAGAAGUCUUUGCUUUCCUUCUCGUUUCUAAAGUGUUGAAUGGGUUCCUGGAAUAACCUUAUUUUAAUUAUUGUUCUUUUUGCCAGGGGCUGGCCCUCCAAGCGAUCGAACUGUUCGAGAAACGGAGCUUAAGUCCAUCGCUACAGGAUUGUUUGCUUUUAUGGCCUUCGUAGCUGUGCUAGGAAUGCUAUUGGGAAUUUUCUUUCUCCUAAUAAACUUUUUAUAUCGUGAGAGAAGGUGAGGUAGUAAUCUCGGACCCAGACUGUACUCUGUCUUACGCUGAAAAGUGAGCCAUAAGAAAUCUCAUUUUAAAUAAUGUAUUCUAUAACACAGAAAUGAUGUUAGUAGAUCCGAUUCUACCCUUUGAUGUAAUAGGUCUGCUCAAAGACUUUUGGUGGGAGACUGUUCAUAGUUAGAUGUCACGUGACCUGGAAGUAAGGAAUGAUGCCAGGGUUGGUGGGAAACACUUUUUAAGUGUGUUAUUAAACGAGUACUUUAUGUUUUGCAGAAUAAUUAAGAUGUCGAGUCCACGUCUUAACAACGUGAUCGUGGCGGGUUGUAUUUUGACGUAUUUCUCCGUGAUCCUGUUCGGGCUAGACGGUGGACUGGUACCUACCAAGCGAUACGGUCAAGUGUGCAUUGUAAGCAAGUUAGUGCGGAUAGGAAUUAACUCCCGCAAAAUUUUAUUAAGCUAUAACAUAUCAAAAAUCCAUUGAAGACCUCGGAAGAACUCGAAGCUAAUUUACUGUGGUUGGUGUCAAGCUCUGCAAAAAGCACAGGCUUACCAUUCUCAGUUUGUUUUUUAUGUUAUACGCUGUUAUAACCGCUUUGGUUGUGAACAAAGCUCCUCUUUUUGUAGCCCCCGACCAUCCCCUCCCUAAAUCUCCCCGCAGUGAAAAAAGGAGACAAAAACUGAACGCCGGUUACUCUUGCAAACGAUGCCGUUAUGACUUAAAACAACAACAAAAAAAACGUUCAUAAACGCGCGCAAACAUCAAUUUCAAACUUUGUUGUUAAAAUUCGCAGAAAUAAUCAAGCCAUCGAACUUUAAUUUUCAAAAACCGUUUUACCGAGCUAAUAGUACUUCAUUUCAAAGUUUUCGCUCCCUGGUCAGCUUGUCUUUUAAAUCUGAAGUGAAUGCUUUUGUGAGUUUUUUUUUUUCAUCAGGAUGGAAUUUUUACCGAAUUACCGGUUCUUUUGCCUCAUAUAAGGAGCUACGGAUUCCGGAAUAAGCGAAAUUUGAAUCCGGUAUCCUGGGCUUUGGAGUCCAGAAUACAGCUCAAGAAAUCCGGAAUUCCACUUACAAUUGGAUUCUACUGAAAAAAUAUCAGGAAUCCAGUACCUGGAAUCUGGAAUCCACGGCGUGGAAUCCAGAUUCCAAGUCUGUCUUGGAUUCACUUACAUGAGUGAGUUUUUUUCGUUUGAAGGCUCGAGCCUGGAUCAUGUCCGUUGGUUUUACUCUGGCAUUUGGUGCAAUGUUCGCUAAGACAUGGCGCGUACACGCCAUUUUUAAAAGCAUUACCCCGAAAAAGAAGGUGAGUUCUUAAUAGUGAGCGAGUAGAUUUUCAAGGCGGCCACAAGAUGCUGUAGCUCUUCGUGGUAGCCAGCCUUCUGCGGAUACCAAAAGGGCAAUCAGCUAAUUGCGGUUUCCGCAUUACAAAGGUGUCUGUAUCAUAGAUUUUGGGGUUAUAGGAAGUUUGGUAGACUGGAAAACAGCCCGUAUUUUUGCGCGGGCGGUCAAAGUAAAGUUCUGGAGCGAAAAACAUUUUUUUCUCUCGAUUUCGAUUUAGUUAGGCCAUGAACCAACAUUUCAAAAGUUCGGCAAGCACCUGAGUCACUGAUAGCCAUCAAGGACGAAGCAACUGUGCCAGGCCGCCGCUGCAGGGCUGAUACAGCUGUGCACAUGCGUAAGGUAUUAGGCAUAUCGCGAAAGAUAGCCAACAGCUAGGCAAGGUCUGUUUUAAGCAGUCGGGUAUGCGACUAUUUGUAGACAUAAUCUCUGGAACUCCUUUAAAUCUUACCAGUUUGUUCAUCUUCUCUGGCGAAGAAUUUUAACAAGCAAAUUCCAAAAUUCAGAGCAAAAUAGCCUGAAACAAAUCAUGUGUCUGAGCAAAUCAAAUAUUUCUUUCGAAUUGCUCGAACUUCAUCGGCGAUGUAAUUGAAGCGAUUCAGUUACGUAACAGGGAGAUUGUUAAGUAUUCCCAAGGGAAAAAAUCUAUAAAUAGAAGACCGCUGAUUGUUUUUUUCAGGACUGCGAUGAUGAGACUAUUGCUAGUAACCAACAUUUCCCUUGUUUCAUUUUUCUCUUUCCACUCCCUCCUUUCUACCAAUUACAUCUCAUGGACGUUACCUGAUAUUUUUCUAGGUAAUCCGUGACGAGCAUUUGUUCCUGAUAGUGGCAGCUUUUGUGUUGCUGGACAUUUUUCUUCUCUCCUUGUGGACAGGAAUCGAACCAAUGCAUACUGGAUAUCAGCAAUUAGAAAAUAAGGUAAUAACAACCAGGAUUGAUUUGGGUUAGUCUAUUGGGCGUGUAGUCUCCUACGAAGCCGUGUUAGUCUCGUCACACAACGCUAAUGCGUUGAGUCACAAGACAAAAAGGGUUGCUUCAGAGACGGGCUAGCGCGGUAAGGGUAUUUUCUAGUCCUCUAGGCCGAGUUUCGGAUUACGUUGUCGAUCGUUCGUUUCCAAUACGUCACGGAAAUGCACUGACCCAGAAGGCCUUGCGAGACGCUGUUCAAUGACUAGCCAAGUAUACACAGGAUAUUUUAAAAAAGGAGUUGAACUUCUUUUAAUGGUUUUGGAAACUGGAACGGUCCUUGUUCGUAUAACCUGCCUUAACUCAAAAGGACACAAAAACAAAUGACCCCUCAUUCAUUUUUACACUUAAGCAAACAUUGUUGAUCUGUUUUUGAUACGGUGUACCCUUCUGGGAUUUUCCCUCGGGACGAGGCUGGUUUCCAGGGCUGGGGACGAGGUUGCCUCACUACAUGUCACUAUUGGGUACAUACUAACUGUAGAAAAUGUAAUGUUUGGUUUCCUUUAUUUGCUGUAAUUUUCAAUCGAUAGAAACACUCGUAAUUCUAAUUAGUUUCUUGGGUGAUUGACUGUGUUUCUGCAGAUGCGCUUUGAAGACGAUAAAGAAAUCAUUCCAGUGUUGGAACACUGCGAAUCUGAGAGGCUUUCCUAUUGGCUGGGAGCGGUGUACGCGUUUAAAGGGCUUUUACUUGUUUUUGGUGUGUUCCUCGCGUGGGAAACACGUGGAGUAACUAUACCUGCUCUCAACGACUCGCGUUAUAUAGGUGCGUAGAUCUUCAUAAAUCCCAGGGAUUUUUCAUGUUUAAGUAAAACAAGAAGGUUUUGUUGAGGGGCCCGCUAGGGUUCUUCAAUCCCGUCAUCUCGAUCCCGAUGGUUAUUUUUGGCAUUCCACAUAUCGUGCAUAUUUUCAGUCCCGAAUCUUGUCCCCAUUUCCCCAUUUCGCUUUAAAAUCCCGAAUCCCGCUUCAAAUAAGGAACAUCAGUAUCCAGUUUCCGAAAAAAAUCUUUUGGGGGGCCCUCUUUACUAUUUGACAGCACGAAAAUAUUUUGGUUGAAAUUUCAGAUGUGGUAUUUUUUCAUUCUGAUCAAAUUUCCUUAAAAAUGUUAAAUGUAUAAGUCUUUUCUCAGAAUGUUAAGAAAAAACAUGAGGAUUGUUUUUCCUUCAGUUUUCAAACCUUUUCCAUGCUUAUUUCAGUAAAUGUGACAAAUUUUGUAUCGAGAAAGGCCAAUUUUGAAACAAAUUGGUCGUUUCAGACUGAAUUAAGCAAAUUUGACGAAAUUAUAUCGAAAAAGGGUAACUUGAAACAAACUGUCUGUUCCGGGCGAUCUAUUUCUUUAAAUCAUAAUACUUGAGUUUUUAGGUUAAAUUGUUCAAAUGACGUCAAUUCUUUUGUUUCCCCUCAUUUCAAUAAACGUUUGCUUGAAUGUUCACACCCAAAAUAAUGCUAGUUUAAACACAACAAUGGAAUGAAGGGAAAAAAGGCCAUUGUGGGGGUUUUUGGCUAAUGCAUACAUUUCCAAUAUGACUGGAGAUUCACUGAAAAAGCAACAUCAAUAUUGAGUGUUUAAGUGAUUUGUAAACACCAACUUGAAGAGUCCAGAAAGCUUUUUAAUUUGCUUGCUUUGAAUAGCAGCAAAACUUGAAAUUGUGAAACGUCAGGUGGUCAGUAUUUUUAAAGCUCACUUCUCCUCCUCGCUUCCUUCCCAGUCGGGAGCAAAAUGACGCGUUCGACUUCUUUCGAUUCAGCCCGGGCGUUUCGCAGUUACCUGUAUAGAGGCAAGGGAAAACGUCACGGAAGACUUGUACAGAAACCAAAUAGCUGUCACUAUUUUAAAUUCGAUCGCAGUGGUGCCAACCGUUUUGUUAAAUGCCCUAGUCAUAUUUGCAGUGUCAACAAGGCGUCCACUCCAAUCAAAUGCCAAUAUUCUUCUGGCAUGUUUGGCGGUAACAGUUCUGUUAUGUGGGAUGAUUCUGCAGCCGAUAGAAGUGGCUUUAAAUUUAGCGGAAAUCUUCGGCGUGGGUCCUUUUUGGGAUUUAGAGAAGAUAUUUAUAACAACACUAACGAGCGUUGUUCUUGCUUUCAUUGAUCACCUUGUGAUGAUCAGCGUAGAGCGUUAUAUUGCGAUUAAGUAUUCUUUGAGGUAUUCGGACAUUGUGACAAGAAAAUGGCUGAAAACCGGAGUUUUGCUGGCUUGGGCCUUUGCUGUGCUUGUCAUGACUCAAGAAACUAUCAUAGCUGUAGCUGACACCAGAAAUGAGUUUUUCUCUUCCUAUUUGCGUGCACUUAAUGUAGUGUAUUUAACUAGGGUAUCUAAAAUAUAGUAAUGCUGCGGCACAUUCUGUUGAUACUGGCAUUAGUUAGGCAGUGAGACUUAAAAGAAUCAAAAAUGACAUUGAAUGUCCUAUUUACAUGUUGGAAAGUACUAGAAUAAUUACUAUCAGUCUAUAGAAAGAACUCGUGGGAACGUUGUUUAGAAAAUGAUCAAGUGGUUAUCAACUCUGGUUUUCCCACGGUAAAUUGUAGGAAAUAAUAGAAAUCAGAUCGUUUAUCCAUAUAUUUAAUAUACGGUGCACGAUAUUUUCUCUGGAAACACAAUACUUUUCUUGCUGUUUGUUGCACUUAAUUAAGUAACAGUUAUUUAGCUAUAAUUUUAUAGAAAACAACAACACAAAAAACGGGAAAAAAAAGAAGGAUGGAAUAGAUACUUCAGUAGGGUUCGAAACCGGCACCUUCGACUCAAAGCGACUACACCUAACCACUACACACAGAGACUGCCUACGUAGUCAGUAGGAAAAGUCUUUCAUUUUAUUCCUUUUCCAUGAAACUUCCGCCGGCAAGAUGAUCACCAGCCGCAUUAACCGAGCUAUUGACAGUGAAAAAACAAUGUAAACGCAUAUUCCAUGGCAAUAAAUGAAUGAAAGAACAUAAUUAUGCUUUUCAAAACGCCGAUACACGUCCUCGUCUGCAAAAUAGGACACAAAACAUAUGUUUUGUUAUCUCGAUUUCCGCUGUUAUUUUGAAGCGAAUGGUCAAAAUCACAUCCAUUUUCGGCUCAUACAGUUUCUUAAGAAUAGCAUUGCAUGACAUUUUCUCACUUUCACAUCACCUUCUAGCAAGCUGGAAUUUGUAUAUCCCCCGUGUUGCGAAGUCGAAGCAUAAUAGCAAAUGCUCAUCUUCUCGUCAGGUUUAACACCUGGGGCGCGAUCCAUUCAACCAAACUUUCCGGAAAUUUCGGUCCAAAACUCAAUGGAUCGGUUCGGUCCAACCGGAAAAGUUUCGAAAAAACGGGUCCACCUUUUGAGGUGGUCCUCUUUUCCCGGUCGGACCGGUUAGAAUUUUGGUUGAAUGGAUCGCGCCCCUGGACGAGUCAAAAAGGCUCUUGAAUUGAAAUCCAAUCCCCAAGUUAACCCUCGUACUCAUCUGAAAGACUCCUGCGUGUCUUAAAAUUUGGUAAGACCUCUAACCGUGCUGUAGAAAAUUUGCCACAAAGAAAACUCUAAGUCUGAGCAGCGAACGAUGCACUCUCUCACCCACCGAACUUCCCCGUGUUUUUAUUUGAGUUGUUCGUGGCGCAACGCAUUCUGGUUAAAUGCAAUGCAUUGUGGUAAAAAGUGUCGUUAAAUGCAAUGCAUUGUGGUAAAAAGUGAUGACUUCGAGAAUUCGUCGCCCCUUAUAUAUUUCCUUUAAAUCCUGAUUAUGUUGCUGCUCGCUCCCUUCGGUCGCUCCGCAGCAAUCAUAGGCAUCUUUUACCUCGCUGUUGCAAGUUACGCAAAUGUAUACAUGUGUUUAGAAACAAAACGUCAUAAAAAAACGCAUCCAAAACGAGCAAGUAACUUACGAAGAAGCAAGAAAAGCGAAAAAAGAUCGUCGCUCAACCACCACAGUUGCAAUGGUUUUAGCUGCAUUGGUCUUCACCACCUGUCCGUCCCAAAUGUUUCUGUGGAAAGCUAUUUCAGACAGCGCUAUGGAGCCGAAUGCAAGGACAAUUCUGUGGAAAUGGACCAUAACAUCAUUGCUGUUCAGAUCUCUCCAUAAUCCUAUUAUCUACUGUUGGCGAGUUCGGAAGAUGCGCCGAGCUUUCCUUGAAGUUUUAAACUUACAAACUUGAACGGGGGCAGAUCCAGGAUUUUUCUUCGGAGGGGGUGCACCAUUUAAGAAUGACGUAACUGACUGGUGACGUAAACAAAUUUUAAUACAGAGUACCAGUUGUUUUAGAAAGCCGCAGGUCACCUCAGGGGGGAGGGGGUGCGUACCCCCUGCACCCUCCCCCUAGAUCCGUCCCUGUUGAAUGCACUCUAAGGCUAUGUUCUAUCCGAUGUGUUACUCUCCACUUUAGAUAUCGUCGCGGCGCACCCCCGCUCCCUCACAGAAACCGCGCCGAAAUUACCGAAAUUAUGGUAAACAGUAUUGCAACAGUGUUAACGUGGUAAUAGGCGAGUUGAGAUCAGCAAAAUGAAUUUUUCGUUGUGCCUUACAGCUGAAACAUGGGCGUCCAGUUCGAAAAUGAUCGUUUGUCUCAAAGGAAUGUGUUGUUUUUACAUUUAAUAUAAUUGGAGCCUCUUUAUUGGUAACUGUGGAGGUCUUUUUCGUCGCGCGUUUUUCAUCAAAUGGUCGGUUUUUUCAACAAAAUCGUCGCAUAUCAAGAAUUGUUUUGCGUGCUUACUCUACUAGAAAGCUUGAACUUUUACGUCGACGACGAGGGAACCGAGAAAAUCGAAAAUGUAAUAGGUUUAAUAUGCAAAACAAAAACUCUGAAAGUGCAGCACACUUUUUGGUUGAUUUCUUUGCCGCCAUCGCACUGAUGUUGUCAAACGUCAUCGUAUCGUAUCUAUGAAAAUGCGACCAUCGCGUCCGAGCUCUCCGAGUUCAAAGUCUCAUGAUUGCACUGCAUUUCAUUGUACGUCAUUUCUAAAUUUUGCAUUUGGUAUAUCACCACGAAUUGAAAGGAGUGAAGGGCCCGAAAAGAAGAGAGUUUUGAAAUUGGAAAGAGAUGGACGAAGAUGAACGAGAAGGACAAAAUUUUAGUUAAGAAGUUAAGUGCUUGUGACCAGCACAACGAAACCCUUUACCGCGUUGUGUCCGUGAUCGGUCGAAGUGUACAUCAACCUGAACUUCUGCGUCCCCCCUUUUUUCUGCUAUUUUUCUAUUAUUUCUAGCAUUCUUCUUCUACAAAUUAUCUACAUAGCUGGCAAUGGUCCCGGACACCACUUUAUGAAUUUUCUGCAUCCGCCCAGAGCGGUUCUCCUUAAUUACCCCUUCUCAUCUCUUGUUUUUGUUUCAGGCAUGUCUGUUUAUAAUGUGGUUAUACUCUCCAUCUUGGGCGUGGCAAUCACGUCUAUCAUUAGAGAUCACCAAGACGCAACGUUUGCCAUAACAGCCGUCUUCACCAUCUUCUGCACUACACUGACCCUAUGCUUUGUAUUUUUGCCCAAGGUAAGCAAAGGUGAACUUCGGAGGUCUGAUAGACAUUUUAUUGGCUUUGGGGAUGUAGGUGCUCAAACCAUGGCUCUCAAUAUUCUGACUUUUUAUAGAGCGUUUUCACAUAACGUCACGUACGAUCCGCCAUAUUGGUUUCCCAAAACUCCAAUAAAUAAAUAAUGUUUUAGAGGCAGCACAUCCACUCGGCGGUUCUUCGUCUACCUGAUUCCUGAUCGAACUGGGAUUUGAAAAUGUUGGUUUUUGAGGAGAGGGGAAAACCGGAGUACCCGGAGAAAAAACCUCGCGGAGCAAGGAAGAGAACUAGCAACAAAACUUAACCCACAAAUGGCGUCGACACCGGGAUUUGGGCCACAUUUGUGGGUGGCGAGUGCUCUCACAACUGCGCCACCCUUGCGCAGGGUGGCUCUUUUCCCUAUGUGAAAACGUUCUCUUUGUAUAGCUGUUGGCCGCAUGAGUAAAAACGCUUUGGGCGACUAACGCUUAACGUGAAUGUUACACGGUUUUGAAAGUCACACACAUUUUUCAUCGGGAGGAAGAAAAAAAAAAAAAGAAAAAAGAGUCUAUUUUUCGUGAAGCACAAACUCUUCACAAUCAAUGCCGAUAUACUUUUAACAUCACAAUUUUUACAGCUAACGACCUAAACGUUUUGGGGUCCUUUUAGGCAUCGGGGUGGAAAAUGAUGUAGAUUUGUUUGUUACUCAACCGUACUGUCAGCAUUACUACAAAAAUGUCAAAAUCAGUUCAGUUGUUAAUUAAGAAUUGCAGGUACCUCUUAGGGGUACGAGUAACCCACGACCCCCCCUUCCGCCCCCCCCCUUCGGCAAGCCAUUUCCCCUGCCUAUUGAACUGAAUUCAAGAUGAUUUUUCAUCUAUUAUUUACACAUCUUGAAGGUUACAAAACUGUGGUCCCCUGACGGUGGAACUGAAGCUAGCACGACUCGUCGAAGCAACAAUCCAGAAUCACUUUCCAGCACGGACAAAAACGCUGCUAAUAUGAUUACGGAAAACUCACAACUGAAAAAACAGUUAGCACAGGUAACGUAAUUGUAGCCCGCAGAACAUGCGUUAUUUUUUCGCGUUUUUCGCGCCAGCUGAGGCCGAUGCGAGUUUGCGCGUGUUUUGCGCUCCACGCGCUCCUCACGCUUGCGUUUUGACGCCCGAAAAACGCAAAAACUAACUGUGUAGGAAGUUUCAUCUUUAAGAUCCAUACAUGUUCACCUUAAUUUACACCCUUUAACCGCUCCAUCUUGUCGAAGUAUAUUUUGCACGCCAAUCCCUUUCUAGAAAGCGCUAUAUAUAGAAUUUCAAGGUUUGCUUCGAGAAACGAGACCUGCAGACUUCAGUUGCGUGCCAUGUUGUGUCCGAAAUGGACAAGAUCUUAGACACAUUUUAAACGCAGUACUAUCGACUCAACUUAUGGAUGAAAAACGCCAAAUACAAAGGAUGGGUAUGGCGCAUGGGUUCUUCCACGAAAUUAAAUUGGACUUCUAAUCCACGUCGCCCUGAAAUCGCGCUUAAGCUAAGCCAUCUUGUAGGGCACCAACACGACGUAUGAAAGGGGACUUAAACCUGCUCAGAGGCUAAUCACUUGAGCAGUAACAGGUGACGACUAGAGUGCUAUUGCCUCUCUCGUGUUUUUAAUAAGCUACAAGGCAAAGCAGACAGUGGAGCCUCUAAGGGGCUGUUCACACUUGGAGCCCGAGCACUAAUGCCUUAGUACUAGAACGAAAAGGUGUUGUGUUCACACCUCGGGUACCCGACAAGUAACUGUGUAUUUAUGUGCGUCAUUUCCCUUUGUCGGACACCAGUUUGAGACUCCAGCGUAGCAGAGAGGUAUGGAUAUGUAAAGCAGUGGAUUACCUCGGAUCUAAGGCUAUGUACACAAUUGCACUCGCCCACUCGCUGGGCUCUAAUCAGUUAAUUAAGGUUUCUGGGAAACUGCCCACCUACCCCUCCCCUAAGCCAAUAUUUUGUCUUAAGUAAGAAGUAAGUGUUAAUGUUAGCUUAGGGAGGGGUAGGUGGGCAGUUUUCCAGAAACUUAAAUUGAUCCCACAUAUACCCUAAUGUGAACGCACCUCAAGUUAUAAGAAGCUCUUUUGAUCAAUAGUUUUCCUACACUCAAACUGCCACAAAAAAAGUUCUCAUCUUAAGACUCGUAUAGUAUACGAGUCUAGGGGCUGUAAUGACAGCAGGUCAACCAAUUUGGCGACAGCAACACUAAUUGUCUGCUCUUGUGUGGGUGGCCUGUGCAAUAAAUGCGAAAUAAAUCGUAGUUUGCGGGAAAUUUUCUGUCACGCAUUUUCAUUAUCUUAAUUUGUUAUUUAGAGGGAACAGCAUUUGAUGGAACUAAAAAGGCUCUUGGAGACGCUCCCCCCGGAAUCAAGAAAAGCAGACAAAAGCAAUUCUCAGGAAAGCUGUGCUCAGCAGUUUAAGAAGAGAAAGUCGUUGGUGCAAUUCAGACAGCCGGAGCCAUCUUACGCCAAUAAAAGUUUUGAACCAGAGGAGGAAGCUACCAGCAAAGGCAAGCAGAGGACAGAGGGGUCAAGCUCCUCAGGCGUUGAAGGAAUUUAAUGUCGGUGUUUCAUAUGUCAGGAAAUUCUAGACGAUCGGGGAUUUCACUGCUUCCCCGGCGACCACUCCAUCCCCCCCCGACUUAUCGCAUGAAGUUCAACUUUUUGAAAUCUAGGGGUACGUCGCGGGGUAAAAUUUUGCUGAGGGAUUCUCAUUGCAACAGAAUUGAUAGUCGAACCAGCCGGGGGCACUCACAAAAAAUCUCUGUGUUGUUGCAUGGAGGGGGAGAUAACGGGAAAAAAAGAACAUGCCCCGCCAAAUCCUGCUUCAACAUGUCCUAGGGUGCGCAGCCAUAUUGUCUUAAGUGAGAAGUUAGUGUUAAGGGUGGGGUAGGAGGGUACUUUUCCAGAAUCUUAUCAGGGGAGGGGUAAGCGAGCAGGUUAGAUCAGCUCACCUACCCUCCGCUAAGCCAACAUUUUGUCCCAAGCGAUAAGUUAGUGUUAACGCUGGGUUGAGGGAGGGAUGGGUAGUAUACUGAUCCAAAAACCUCCAGCCGAGGGUAAGGAGGAGGGUGGCUCAACCGUGAUUUUAAAGGUUUUCAGACAUUUCCAGUCCCAUUGUGGCCUCAAAGUGAGAACAGUACCUAAUGUGGCAUAGCCCAGGACGAAAGGGUCUCUUUAAGUCUACUACUACUCAACGUUUCACAGAAAAGACAAGAGAAAGUUUCCAGGGAAUAGAAAUUUAUAGUACUCGACUCUUGUUAAGUUACGUACACUAUUUGAAAACGGUUCAAUAACUUAAUCGC